AUGAUUCUACUCAAGUAAUUUUUCUUCUCUUUACAUCAUUUUCCCCUAAAAUUGAAAGAAUGGAUUUUAGAACAAAAGAUAUUUGGAAACUAUUAUGAAAAAUAGAUAUUUUUAUGCCAGCAAAAAUUUCGAGUACAGUUCCUUCAUAAUACUUGUUUUAUUUAAGCUCAAUUUUAAAUUAAAUAUUAUUAGAAUCUCUUAGAUCUUUUAAAAUUAUCAAAAGUAAAAGAAAUAUUAUUACCCUUAAAAUUAAUCUGA